AUGCGCGCCUGCCCCGUCCUCCCGCUGCUGCCGCUCCUGCUCAGCCUCGGGCGCAUCGCCGCUGUCCGGGACGCAGCGGGCGCGGGGCCGGAGCGCCGCCCAGAUGAUAGCGUUUCUCAAGUGCAAAAGCUGAGAGAAGAACCAUCUAAAGUCCGGGAUCUACAAGUGAAGUUCAUUGUUCGUACCACUCCAGACCUGGAUGAUGCUGACUGCUACCUCACGGUUGGUCGAGACCAUCUCCUAGAUGACUGCAACUUCAACGUCUCCGCAAAGACUUUCUUUGUUAUUCAUGGAUGGACAAUGGGGGGCAUGUAUGAGAGAUGGCUGGACACCCUGGUCUCCGCUCUGCAGGAGCGUGAGAAGGAAGCCAACGUGGUGGUGGUGAACUGGCUGGCUCUGGCCCAGCAACUCUACACCAUCGCCGUCAACAAUACCAGGGUGGUUGGAAAAGAACUCGCAGGCCUGCUGGACUGGUUAGAGGAGAAGAAGGACUUCCAACUCAAGAACGUCCAUCUGAUUGGCUACAGUCUCGGGGCCCACAUUGCUGGCUACACUGGAAACUAUGCCCGGGGGACUAUUGGAAGAAUUACAGGCUUGGAUCCAGCCGGGCCGAUGUUUGAGGGAGCCGAUCCAAGCAGACGUCUGUCCCCCGAUGAUGCCGAUUUUGUGGAUGUCCUGCACACGUACACGAGAGAAACGUUGGGCAUCAGCAUCGGGAUCCAGAUGCCCGUGGGUCACAUUGACAUUUACCCCAAUGGAGGAGACAUCCAGCCAGGAUGUGGGCUUACGGACAUCUUGGGAACGCUGGCUUUAGGCGAGAUCGGAGACCUUGUGAUCUGUGAACACGAGCGGUCCGUGCACCUCUUUGUGGACUCUCUUGUGAACAAGGACAAGCAGAGUUUUGCCUUCCAAUGCACGGACUCCGGCCGCUUCAAGAAGGGCAUCUGCCUGAGCUGCCGGAAGAAUCGCUGCAACAGCAUCGGAUACAACAUCAAGAAGAUGCGGAACAAGCGCAACAGCAAAAUGUACCUCAAGACAAGGGCCGGCAUGCCUUUCAAAGUUUUCCACUAUCAGCUGAAGAUCCACGUCUUCAGUUACAAGAGCCUGGGAGAAACAGAACCCUCUUUUUCUGUGACCUUCUAUGGAACCAGCGGUGAUUCUGAGCCUCUGCCUCUGGAAGUAUCCGAUCAGAUCGGCCUCAACUAUACAAACACCUUCCUGGUUUACACGGAAGAAGACGUGGGUGAUAUCCUCAGGAUCAAACUCACUUGGGAAAGCACCACUCAGUCCUGGUACAACUUUUGGAGCCAAAUGAAAAAUUACUGGUCCAAGCCUGAUCCCUCGUCCAAAGAAGUGCAGAUCAGACGGAUCCGCGUGAAGUCGGGAGAAACGCAGAAGAAGUGA